GGCUGGGUCGCAGAGCAGGCGUCGCUCAAAUCUGCAGCCUUGGAUCAUACAUCGUUGACGCUCCACUAAACAAACUCGAUCUCGAAUUUGACGGCAUUUAGAUCAUGUUCGAUUGGAGGCUUUUCUUAGACAACCUCCUCGGCAUAUAUGGCAUAGUCGACAACAAGCCCGGUUGGAAGGAUACACAGAUCUGGAGGUGGAAGUUAUCGAACAACAUCUCCUGCGCAAGUACGGAGGCAGAUCAGUCGUGCGUACAUUCCAGUGCAACGAGUGGGCAUGGUCGUACGGCGCAGCACCGACCCGCAACUGCUUACAAGAUGUGUACGCAUAGCGCCUGGUGCGCUUUCACAAGAAGAACAGCCUUUUCUUCGAACCAAACCUUGACCGCACAGACUUUCACCUCGACGAAGAAUCUUGGAGACAGCUUGAGGCGUACAUCGACGCUAUCAUUGAUGCGAGGAACAAAUAUCUAUAGGGUGACUUCAUGUCUACCGCUCUGCGCUACCGCUUUUCGUUUCGCAAAUGCAAGUGUGUCACAUAGUGCUACACUUGUUUCUUUGCUUUUCGCCACAACAAGAUUAUUCAUCUCAUGCUUGCGGCACUUUCGCUGUUAUCGAGCCCUCGGCGCAAUCACUCCAUGUGAAUGAGAUACUCAGACGCAACGAACGUCACAGCAAUUGCCGCUUUUGACAAGGCUCGAGUCAGGUUUAUACACUUUCGGUCGACCACGACGCUACGACGACGAACUCGCGAUACCGUCAUACCUUGAUCGCACUACCGUCCGCGGCCUAGCUAUCGAGGCGUACGGAGAUAUGACAUAAGUAUUCGCGCUCGACCGCCCACACUAAAAUCAUAUUUUGGGAAUGCAAGUUACCUCUAUCGUUUGCGCUACGGAAGCGUAAUUUCAAACUUUUCUUGGUCAACCGCACUGUUGCUUCUCACUUGUCUGGGCAGCUCAAUCAUUCUGCUUACCUGUCUCACACAGAAGCAGAUACCACUGCGCUCUCACACUCAACUUGUCGCAUUUUACACAAACUCUUC